UCCGUGGGUGUGGCACGAGAUACAGAACAUCGCCGAGUGGAGCCGAUUGACCUCAAAACAGGGCGCCACGGCUGGAGAAAGGAGAGGAUGGAACUGGAAGGUCUGAAUGAUGCGGUGGAGUUCGGGGCUGAGAUGAGAGAAGAGAACUUCUCUUUCCAGGAAGGGGAGACAUUUCUCAAUCAUGGGUCUUACGGCAGUGUUCCCAAGUGUGUCCAGCAAGUAAGACGAAGAUUCCUGGAUGAGAUGUCAAGACAUCCUGAUGACUGGUACCGGAGGAAUGUCUACAAGUAUUGGCAGGAAUCACAGAAGGCAGCAGCUGACUUCAUGCACUGUGAUCCCAAGGACCUGGUGUUUGUUGAGAACGCAACAACAGGUAUAAACACAAUCCUGAAGAGCUGCCGUUACAAAGCUGGAGAUAUUCUGUUGUACACCACGCUGACAUACAAGGCUAUAGCCUAUACCUGCCAGGCCACAGCGGAGCUAUAUGAGGGGGUCAAGUCAGCUGAGUUGGAUAUACAAUUCCCAAUAGCCAGUGAGGAUGAGAUUUGUGAAAAAUAUGAAGACUUCUUCAAAUCCAACCCGGAAACCAAAAUUGCUGUUCUAGAUGCCAUCACCAGUCCGUCAGCUGUAGUCAUGCCGUUGAAGCGCCUCAUCACUCUGUGUCACAGGUAUGGAGUUUUGGCCGUUGUAGACGGCGCACAUGCUCCUGGUUUGCUUCCAGUCAAUCUCACCGAACUCGGUGCUGAUGCUUUUACAGGUAACUUCCACAAGUGGGUGUACACUCCACGAAGCUGUGCCAUUCUGCAUGUAAAGCGAGAACAUCACAGCUGGGUUCACCCGCUUGUCACGUCUUGGAACCAGCAUCUUACUCUGGACGAACAGUUCUUCCUGGUCGGCACCAUAGAUCACACGGCCUAUGUUUCUGCCAAAUAUGCAGUGGAGUUCUACCAGCGGAUUGGCGGCAUGGAUAAGAUCAUCGGCUACACAUCCAAGCUCGCUUCGGAGGCACAUGAGUACAUUCUCAAGAAGCUCAAAGCAGAGCCAUUGCAGAUACCUCAGAGUAUGGAGUCUCCCACCAUGAGGGUGAUCCAACUGCCAGACUUGUCUCAGUACCCCUGCACUCGGGAAGGAUCGAUCGCCUUCCACACGGACAUACGCUACAAGUACAACAUCCAGUGUGCCAUCGAGGUGAUUCAGGGUCACCUUCAUCUUCGCAUCAGUACCCAGGUGUACAACACGCUGGAGGAGUACAAGCGCCUGGCUGAUUGUCUCCUAGAAGUCAUCCAAGCUGACAAGAAAAAUUAAGUUUCAUCAGAGCAUCUUGAGGAUGAAAAAUGAAAGCCCCUGGUUCUAAGUUAGUGGUUUGGGUAAAAUGGUUUCAAAGGGUUUUGCACCUGGUUGUUUAAUGGAUGAGGUAUGAUCAAUUAGUCAAACAAUCAAUCAAUCAAUCUUUAUUCAAAUUACUGAGAAGUGCACACAGAUUGACAAGGGAUGUUAAGGUCCUUUUUUCGUCAAGCAAAACUGCUAAAUUGUUAAUAUGAUAAACAAGUUAUGUUUAUGUGAAAGUUACGAUAAAGCAUUCAUACAAUUGAAAAGGUUUUUUGUCUGUUGUACUUACAUGUUUUGUACUUACAGGAACACAAAACACGGAAGCGAUUCUGAAAUGUCACAAAAAGGCUGACUUGAUGUGUUUUCAAAAGAGAGGUUUUUUUGCACGUAAUACACAAAAUAGCAUUUCUCACAAAACUUGUAGCAGGUGCAUAUUAGACAUAAAUGUGCAUUUUCAAAAAUACAAUAUAGUAAAUAUACGCAGGUAAUUUUACGGAUGAAGUUAGGGAUGAAGUUUGGGAUGAAGUGAGGGAUGAAGUUUGGGAUGAAGUUUGGGAUGAAGUGAGGGAUGUCGUUUGGGAUGAAGAUCGGGAUGAAGUUAGGGAUUAAGUUUGGGAUGACGUUUGGGUUGAAGUUUGGGAUGACAUUGGGGAUGAAGUUAUGGAUGACAUUUGGGAUGAAAUUUGGGGAUGAGGUUAGGGAUGAAAUUUGGGAUGAAGUUUGGGGAUGACGUAAGGGAUGAAGUUAGGGAUGACGUUGGGGAUGAAGUUUUGGAUGAAGUUAGGGAUGACGUUGGGGAUGAAGUUAGGGAUGAAGUUGGGGAUGAAGUCGGCGAUGACGUUGGGGAUGACGUUAGGGACGAAGUCAGGGAUGUCGUUGGGGAUGAAGUUUUGGGAUGAAAUUUGGGAUGACGUUGGGGAUGAAGUUAGGGAUUAAGUUUGGGAUGAAGUUCGGGAUUAAGUUUGGGAUGAAGUUUGGGGAUGACGUUGGGGAUGAAGUUCGGGAUUAAGUUUGGGAUGAAGUUUGGGGAUGACGUUGGGGAUGAAGUUAGGGAUGAAGUUUUGGGAUGAAGUUUGGGAUGACGUUAGGGAUGAAGUUAGGGAUGAAGUUUGGGGAUGAAGUUUAGGAUGACGUUGGGGAUGAAGUUUUGGGAUGAAGUUUGGGAUGACGUUGGGGAUGACGUUAGGGAUGAAGUUAGGGAUGACGUUGGGGAUGAAGUUUGGGAUGACGUUAGGGAUGACGUUAGGGAUGACGUUAGGGAUGAAGUUUGGGAUGAAGUCGGGGAUGACGUUGGGGAUGAAGUUAGGGAUGAAGUUAGGGAUGAAGUUAGGGAUGACAUUAGGGAUGAUGUUUGGGAUGAAGUUUGGGGAUGAAGUUAGGGACAGUACAGACAUCAUGAUAACUCUCUUAGUCCUAGUUUCUCCCUUCAAGGUAAAUAAAUCUUUCUUUUCACUCGAUCACUUUGGUGAAACUUCAGGACUUGAUCAUGAUAUAAGUAUUCAGAACAAGUGAUACAACAUUGGCAUAACAUGAAAAUAAAUUUGACGAAAUUAGUCUUUUUAAUCAAUUGACCUUUUGGGCUGAAAGCAGAAAUAAUAUAUUGAUCCAUGUUUAUAUGAGUCAAAACUGGCAUCAUACGAGAAUGAAGCUUUAUUGCUUUAAGUAACUGUAACUCAUACUUACUUGAGGAAGCUAAUCCCAAAACUCAUGAUGUCAAUCACAGGAUUUUCUGGUCCAGACCUGAUUAUUUACAUACCGGUACUGCUGUCAUAUGUACAUAGCUGUAAUAUUGAGGAGUGUGGCUUUUAACAACAAACAAAUUUUGACACUCGUGUAUAAGAAUUUUGCGUUAAUUUCAUGCCCAUAUAUAUUUCAUGAUUUACAGUACUUCACAAGCAAAAUGUUAUUAGGAGUUUGCAGUAUCAAUUGUCCCAGAUUAUGAAAUUGUGUUACGGCAUGAAGAGAUUUUAAUGCCAUAAAAAGUUGUGUUUCUUUCUUUGUUGUUUUUCUUUCUUUUUUAGGGGCAGGUAUUUCAUAAUGUCAUGGAUAUAGAGAAGCAGACUGUAUAUUACCGUACAUUACUAUGAGUGGCCUUACUUCAUAAUGUCGACAGGAGUGGAUUUGUAUCAAGGAAUGGCAGGGAUGUAUUCUCAGGAGGGCUGGGAUGGGUAGCUCGGGUACUUGGGUCGGAUGGGUCCUGAUUAGGACCCGGGUAGUCCUGUCAGUACCCGGACCCGUGGUUAGUCACAUGAUAUAUUGUUUAAUGACAAUAAUAAUAAAAAUUCCAUGGUUACACAAGUACUUGUUGCUAACGUUCGCAUUUCUUUCUGACUUUGCGAACAUUCCUGAAUUUAUAUGUUUGAGUAAAUGAAUUUAUAUGUUUGAAUAAAUACAAAGCUUUGACAGUCAACUUCAGUGUAUGCACGAUCAGAUCAUUUUAUGCUAUAUCUAAAUACUUUCUGCCAGGGCUCUGGUAAAACAAUUCCCAUCUGAACAUUUUGUACCCAACUUGAGACCUACUCAUCCCAGCCCCAAUUCUAAGGCAACGAUUAUACCUCUUAAUGUUGUUUGACAAAUGCAUUUAUUCACCAGUACUCGGAGUAUAUGCAAUUUUCAAGUCAUAACUUUUUAUUCAUACUGAAAAUGUUUGCCAUGUUUAUACCUUGGACGGCAGGGAUGUAUCUAUGUUAAAUGUUUACCUAUUAAUCAUUGUUCUUCUUAAUCAUCAUAUGUUUACUGGUAGUAUGGAAAAUUUCUUGUUCCCAUGUUAAUAUUUUAAAUGGCAUGAAUAUAAUUAAGUUCAUUCAAUUUUGUUGUUUAGUUGUUGAAUUUUUUAAACCCAAGUCAUUUUCCUUAUUGUAUAUAGUGCAUACCAUGAAUUCGUACGAAUAGAUUUAUUGUUUAGCUUUAUGAAGAGUCAACCGUAAGUUAUGCAAAAGUGUGAAAACAAUAAAACUAUGGUUUCAUUGAACAUGUGCUUCUUAUCCCCCCCUUUUUGAAAAACGGGGGAUAAAGCGAUCUGUAUGUCCAUCCAACCAUCUGCCCUCCAUCUAUUUUUCAUUUUCCAUUUCUGGAGCAGAACUAUACCUCAAUUGGAUAAUGUGAAUUUGUUUUAUUUAUCUUAAUCUAGGCAUAUUGCAAAGAAAAUUCAUAAACUAGAAUUUAUCUUAUCUGUAUGAGUAUGUAUUUUUGCCUUUAUGAAAUAAUGAAGAGGCUUUCUUUCUCUUAUGAUGAUGAUGAGGCAGAGGAGGAGGAGGAGGAGGAUAUACUGAAUUCUGUUCUAUAGUGCCAGAUUCCUUUAUUUUUUUGCCUUUAUGAAAUAAUGAAGAGGCUUUCUUUUUCUUAUGAUGAUGAUGAGGCGGAGGAGGAGGAGGAUAUACUGAAUUCUGUUCUAUAGUGCCAGAUUCCUUUAUUUUUUUGCCUUAUUGAAAUAAUGGAGAGGCUUUCCUUUCCUUAUAAUAAUGUGCUACAACAUUAUUACUACCCUGGUGAAUGAAUGAGGGUGCUCUUAAACGUCAUUCUCAGCUCCCUAUUAAAGUACCGGGCUAGUGCAAAUUUUAAACCCCUGCACUUAAAGCAAUGUCUUCACAUGUAAGCAGGAGAGCAGAUAAUCAAGCAAUAUCAGUUAAUUACCGGUAUGUGAAAAUGUGUAUCAGUGACAGCCUUGCCAAGUUGCAGACAUAGUUGAGAAAAUCUACACAAUACAGUAAACUACGGUUAUAACGAACACGCUUAUAACGAACUGAUCAAUAUAACGAACUUACUUGUGAGCCCCGGCCAUGUGUUGCAUAUAUGCUGUAUGUAUGCUUAUAACAAACUACGGUUAUUACAAACUAAAAUGGGUGGUCCCUUUGAGUUCGGUAUAACCGUAGUUUACUGUACUUAAUUACAAGUUAGUUUGUACAGUUUUGACUGAUAGAUGUGACUAAUAAAGGGCUUCUUACAUUA